CGCUGGUGGCUGCGAAGCCCCCCUCCCUUUUUUUUACGAAUAAGCAGAUAAACAAACAUGUUCCUGACCUGCGGGGUGGCUCCUGCCGCCGCCACCGUGGAUUACAAUGGAGAUUUCCAAGCUGGCUACCAGGAAAUCGACGGCAUCACUUUGGGCUACUUGCAGAUCAACGGCACGCGGAUGUUCGCCCUGACCCAGGUCUUCAGCGACCUGUUUAAGGACAUCCCGAGGGCCACCGUGAGCAAAAAAAUGGAAAGCCUCAAGAUCCAGAGCCGCCGCUGCGACCUGAAGGAGCUGCGCACCCUCAAAGCCAUCCAGUCCGUGCCAACGCGCGCCGUCAAGUGUUCGCUCAUCUCCAAGGCGGACUUGGAGGCCCUCUGCAUCUCUUGCAAGGCCCUGGCCCCAAGGAAGAGGAAGAGGAAGAGGAAAACCAAGAGGAGGGAAGCCGGGGACCUGUUCAAUCGGCCCCGGUUACUGCCCGCGUACAACGCUGCCGACGGCGCCUUUCGCGCCAACGUGGGUGCCGGCUGCGCCAAACGGGACGCGCUCUUAAGGUCCCCGUUCGCCAGAGGGUACGAGAAAGCCGCGCCGCUGCCGAAGAGCUACAGCCGCAGCGGCCGAGAGCAGCUCCUGGCCGGCGUGCUGAGCGCUUACCCCGGCGACUUGCAGCUCCUCCACUCGGCCGUCAGCCAAGAGACCAGCGAGGCGGAUGCCGGACGCACCAAGCGCUCGGCUUGCGGGUGCCUCGGCAAGGAGAAAGGUCGCUCGGCAUCUUUCGCGAGCCCCAAGAGGCAAGGCACGUCGGCCGGCUAUUCCAGCGACUCGGACUCCAGCGGCGCGUCCAGCCCGGCAAGCUCCAGCGACUCCUCGGAAGAGGACGAUGAUGACGACGACGACGAAGAGUCAUCUUGCAGCAGCGAAGAAGGCAGCUCCUCCGGGUCGGAAAGCAGCUCCCUGUGUAGCGGGGACUCGGUGCAGAGUACCCGCUACAGGCAGGCGGCGCUUCCUCGUAUCCCACCCCAAGCUGCCUCUCCUCAAGCCCUCCCCGGCGUAGCCAAAGCCUUGCGCCCUGACCCGAACUUACUCUUCUGGGCCAGGACGCUGCGCGCGUCCACUUUGGAAAGUUUCAAGCCGGCUCCUACCACCGCGCCAAAGCUACUCCCGCGUGAGGACCCGGAGCCCCGAGUAAAGCAGGAGGCGCGGAGCUCUCCUGUCUUUCCUGCCCGUCCCAGCAGCCCCAGCGAGGGCCCGCAGCCAAAGAAGGGAGUCUUUAGGGAAGCUUCGGAGUUGUGCGCCCAGGAGGGCGAAGACUUCUCCAAGGACGCCGACUUCCUUUGCUCCAGAGAGGACCUCCACGUUGGCGAGCCGGACAAGGCUGAGGAAUCAGCUCUGCACCAGGACUCCAAGGAAGGGUCGGGGAGGGAGGCUCAAUUCGACAGGCUUAUCAGGCAGUCCAAGCUGUGGUGCUACGCCAAAGGCUUCAAUGUGGACGGGAAAGGCUUGCGCAGGGCCGAGCAGGCCAAAGGGAGUUCCUCCGCCUCCAGAGCCGGCCUCCUCAGCCUGGCCAACAAACCUUUGAAAGGCGGCAGCGACUUAGAAAGGAACGCUAAACGCAGGCGUGCCGAGCAGGAAAGGCAGGCCAAAGGAAGGCCCACAAAGAUUUCGAGGAAGACGACCAAAAAGGGGGCCACGCCGCCUUGCAAGCGCUUGCUGCACACCAGCCCACCUCCUGCCAGGAAUCCGUUUUCUUUGAUGGGUACCUUUCCCUGUACGCCCGCUUUGGUCGUCGGUUCUGAUGGGGAUCUGUGUCCUGCGUCCUCUCUGUGCGUAAAAGACUCGUGCGCCCCCUCCAAAACGCACCCGCUUUGGACCUGGCAGCUGGGGGGCAAUGCCAUCCCCGUGCCCCCCAGCCUGAAAUUCCGGGGAUACCGUUUAGAGGACUUCUAGAUGGAGGAUAUAAGCUGGUUUACGUGCAACAGGUUGACUUUUUUUCUUUUUGGAUGGGGGACGAAGCUAAUAGAAUAUGUAGCCAAAAAAGAAAGAGAGAUGGAGAAUCUGAUAUUGCAAUCUGAAAAUUUUUUUUUUUACUUGGCUGUAACAUUUUUUGUUUCAGUGGCCUUUAAUUCCAAGUAAGUGUGUUGGUGACAGCAGCUUGUGAUCUUAAAACACAGUUGCUUAGAAGUAGGUUCCACUGAAAUCAGUGGAACUUAUUUUCAAGUAAAUGUGUUUUAAAUAGGGUAGGAAGAGAUCCGACUUUCCAAUUAUGAUUACUUUUUCUUUCUUUCUAACCCUCAAGGAUGCCUUCACAAAUGGAAUUUCUGGCAUUCCUUUGCUUUAAAAAGAACAAAAGCUUUGUUUUAAAGAGCUUUCUCAUUCCUCACUUUCUUCAAAAGAUCCCACAACUUCUGAAAUGUUGAAAUUUGAACCUUGGUUGGAAGUAGGCCUCAAGUGUGGAGGAAGGCAAAGCAACUGAUGAUUUAAAAA